AUGUGCUCGACGCCCGGGCUGCCGACGCCUGGAGCCUCGCUCUCCCUGCGGGUGUCCUUCGUCGAUGUGCACCCGGAGGUGAUCCCCGUGCAGCUCUGGGGGCUGUUGGGCGAGCGGCGGGAAGAGUACGUGCGACUGAGCCGGGAGAUCCAGGAGGCGGCGGCCACGCGCGGUCCGUGGGCGCUGGGUGGCGCUGCGGCCUCGUCGGGCGAGCUGUGCCUGGUGCAGAUGGGGCUCAUGUGGCACCGCUGUCGUGUCGUCAGCCGGCAGGCGCAGGAGAGCCGCGUCUUCCUACUGGACGAGGGCCGCACCAUCACGGCGGGCGCAGGUUCCCUGGCACCCGGGCGCAGCGAGUUCUUCCACCUGCCUUCGGAGGUGCUGGGCUGCGUACUGGCUGGCUUGGUGCCCGCGGGCGGCGGUGGCGCGGGCGGUGGCGAGCCUCAGCACUGGCCAUCCAGCGCUGUGGACUUCCUUAGCAACCUGCAGGGCAAGGAAGUGCACGGGCGCGUGCUGGACGUGCUGCUCCCGCAUCGCCUGGUCCUCCUGGAGGUGCCUUGUCUUUUUCAGCAGAUGCUGGAGCUUGGCCUGGCCCGGCAGGUACCCGAAAGCCUCUUCCGCUCACUGCUCAAACGCUAUCUCACAGCGGCCACUUCGGGCCUGGGUCCCGGGGUCCCGGUUCUCCCGCGAGUUCUACCCAAACAAGAGCAACCUGGUCUGGAUUACUUCUAUCCCCAGCUGCAGCUGGGAGUGACGGAGCCGGUAGUAGUAACCCAGGUGUGCCAUCCGCACCGCAUUCACUGCCAGCUCCGGAGCCUCUCGCAGGAGAUCAGCCGCCUCUCUGAGAGCAUGGCCCAGGUGUACCGCAGCUCAACAGGGACAGGAGAUGACAAAUCUACCAGUGCCCCCUGGGAGGAGCGGGAGGAAAAGGAGGAGAACCCAGACAAGCCGGGGUCUCCAUGUGCUUCCUGUGGAUUAGAUGGGCUUUGGUACAGGGCACUCUUGCUUGAAACCUUCCGGCCGCAGCGCUGUGCCCAAGUGCUUCAUGUUGACUAUGGAAGGAAGGAGUUAGUGAGUUGUAGUAGUCUCCGGUACUUGCUGCCUGAGUAUUUCCGGAUGCCCGUGGUGACUUACCCUUGUGCUUUGUAUGGACUCUGGGAUGGUGGGAGAGGCUGGUCCAGGUCACAGGUCGGUGACCUGAAAGCGCUCAUACUGGGUCAGGCAGUGAAUGCAAAGAUUGAAUUUUAUUGCGCCUUUGAGCAUGUGUAUUAUGUCACGCUAUAUGGAGAAGAUGGAAUUAAUCUUAACUGUGUAUUUGGUGUACAGUCAUGUUGCUUGGCUGACAAAUUCCUUCAGAACCAGGGAAUAGAUGAGGAGGAUGAGGAAGAAGAGCCAGAAACAGCUCUUCACACUCAGUCUCCUUCUGAAGAAAUGGAUGAAGAGAUUUCACUCCCAUCCUUAAGAUCUAUCAGGUUAAAGAUGAAUGCCUUUUACGAUGCCCAGGUAGAGUUUGUUAAAAGCCCUUCUGAGUUUUGGAUUAGGUUAAGGAAACACAAUGGUACCUUCAACAAGUUGAUGAGGAGAAUGUGCAGUUUCUAUUCCUCCGCCACAAAGCUGGAUGGUGUAGUUUUGAAACCUGAACCCGAUGACCUUUGUUGUGUCAAGUGGAAAGAAAAUGGCUAUUAUCGGGCCAUAGUCACCCGGUUAGAUGACAAAAGUGUAGAUGUGUUCAUGGUUGACCGAGGGAAUUCAGAAAAAGUAGACUGGUGUGAUGUUAGGAUGUUGCUUCCUCAGUUUAGGCGAUUCCCAAUACUGGCUCUGAAAUGCACUCUCGCUGAUAUUUGGCCUUUGGGGAAAAGUUGGAGCCAGGAGGCCAUUUCCUUUUUUAAAAAGACUGUGCUCCACAAAGAACUAGUUAUCCAUGCCCUUGAUAGGCAGGCUCAUCAAUACGUUAUUGAGAUUCUUGAUGAAUCCAGGACAGGGGAAGAAAACAUCAGUAAGGUAAUUGCUCAAGCUGGGCAUGCUAAGUAUCAGGAAUUUGAAACAAAGGACAGCAUCCCAAUAAGUGUCCAUCCCCUAGGACAUGUUUCCAACCAUUUUACUACAGAGACUAGCAAAGUGUCUCCUAUCAAGAAGGUAGACAUAGACCAGAAAGCAAAGAGAGAUGAUAAAACUACAGAAGUGAUGACUGGCACCGCAGUUGUUACAAAUGUUUCAACUGGACUUGUUUUGCAGGACAAAGAAAAAAGAGCAUCUGUUUAUACUUCACUCUCACAGAAUUUCUUAAAAAUUAAGCCAGGCUCUUGUAAAAGUGAGCUAGAAGUUGGAAGUACAGUAGAAGUCAAAGUGUCUUAUGUUGAACAUCCUGGCUAUUUCUGGUGCCAGUUGACUAGGAACAUACAAGUGCUUAGAACUCUGAUGGGCAAUAUUCAAGACUAUUGCAAAAAUACAGCUAUUCCUUAUCAGGGCACCACCCCAGCUUGUUUGGCAAAACGAACAGUCAAUGGAAAAUGGUCCAGGGCUCUGAUUAGUGGAGCAGAAUCUGCAGAGCAUGUCAAAGUCAUAUUUGUAGAUUAUGGAGACAGAGAUAUGGUAUCUGUGAAGAAUAUCUAUUCAAUUAGUGAGGAGUUUCUUAACGUUAAGGUUCAGGCUUUUAGGUGCAGUCUUUAUAAUUUAAUUCAACCAACUGGUCAGAAUCCCUUUGUUUGGGAUGAAAAGGCAAUACAAGCUUUUAGUGAGUUUAUAGAUACUGCAUGGGAAGGGAAUCUAGAAUUAAAAUGCACGAUAUUUGCUAUGGCAUCCAUACAUGAUGAAGAACUGUUCCAUGUCGUUGACUUGCUAACACCUUUUCAGAGUGCAUGCCAUACCUUGGUAGAAAAGGGACUUGCAAGACCUGUAAAACUUGAGAGGCCUCUGCAACCGUCUGUUCAGCUACAUUCCUACUAUUAUUCUACACAUGAUGUGAAAAUUGGGAGUGAGGAAUCAGUGUAUGUAACACAUGUUGAGGACCCAUGGACAUUUUAUUGUCAACUGGCAAGAAACGUGAACAUAUUAGAGCAGUUGUCAUGUCAUGUUACACAAUUAAGUCAAGUUUUGCUGAAUUCAAAAACAUCUCCCUUGAUCUGGGGAAAUUUGUGCCUUGCAAAAUAUACUGAUGGAAACUGGUACAGGGGGAUAGUAAUGGAAAAAGAACCAAAUACAAUUUUCUUUGUCGAUUUUGGGAAUGUUUAUGUAGUAGCAAAUGAGGAUCUGCUGCCCAUACCCAGUGAUGCAUAUGAUGUUUUACUUUUGCCCAUGCAAGCUGUUAAGUGUGCAUUAUCUGAUAUUCCUGAUCAUAUACCAAAAGAAGUAACCAUUUGGUUUCAGGAGACUAUUUUAGAUAAGCCAUUAAAGGCAUUGGUUGUAGCAAAAGAUCCAGAUGGAAGGCUCAUUAUAGAACUAUAUGAUGGUACUACUCAAAUUAAUGCUAAUAUUAAUGAGCUGUUAGGAUUACUUGGUGACAAAGGCAGGGCAAGCAAAAAGGAAGAAGCAGUCCUCUCUACAAAUGAAAUUCUUGAAGAAAGUGAAAAUAUGAAGCUGUUACCUACAAAAUAUUUAAGAAAAUCAGUAGAGGACAAAUUGCACAGUAUGGAGACAUUGGAAGAAUCCUGCAUGCCUAAUGUCAGCUCAGCACGUACAGAACCCAGACUUUUACAAAGUUCAGCAAAGACCAACUUCUUCACUCAAUACCAGCACUCCGUGGGAGAUAGGAAUAACCCAAUAUCUCCAGUUACAGCUGAAAAGAAAGAAGGAAUGUUUAAAUCACCUUUGAAGGCAACAGAACUAGAAACCGUUGCUUCUGAGAAAAGAAAACAAGAAUGUAAUAAAGAUUUGCCUCUUAAAUUUUCUGAGUUCCCUCAGAAGACUAUAAUACCUGGCUUUACAACAACUGUUUAUGUUUCUCACAUAAAUAACCUUUCAGACUUUUACAUUCAACUCAUGGAAGAUGAAGCUGAAAUUAACCAUCUUUCAGAGCGAUUAAACCGUACUAGAUCAAGACCUGAAUAUUAUACAGGCCCACCUUUGCAAAGAGGAGAUGUAAUAUGUGCCAUCUUUCCAGAUGACAAUUUAUGGUAUAGGGCUGUGGUCAAAGAGCAACACCCGAAUGAUAGUUUCUCUGUACAGUUUAUAGACUAUGGCAAUGUUUCUGUGGUUUGUGCUAACAAAAUAGGUAGGCUUGACCUAAUUAAUGCAAUAUUACCAGGAUUGUGCAUUCAUUGCUCAUUGCAUGGGCUUUGGAUUCCUGGAAUUAUAAAUUGUAAGGAAAUGAUGCGUUACUUUUCCCACAGGACAAAUGAGGCUCAAGUAAGAUGUGAAUUUGUUGAAUUUCAAGAUAGAUGGAAAGUUAUUCUUGUUGAUGCACAGGAUAUAGCAGAAGAUAUAAUUAACAAAUAUUCUUUCAAUUCAAGAUCUCAAUUUUCUACCCAAAUUAUGAAGAGUUUAAAGAAUGUUAACAAACCAGACAUUGAUACUUCAAUAUUUCUUAACUGGUACAAUCCAGAGAUGAAGACGAUAAGGGCUUAUGCAUCUGUGAUAGAUGGGCCUGAGUACUUUUGGUGUCAGUUUGCUAAUACUGAGAAACUUCAAUAUUUAGAAGUAGAAGUACAAACUGCUGGGCAACUGGUAGCAAAGGGGCAAAAUUGUGUCUCGUAUCCUUGUAUUGGAGAUCCCUGCAUAGUGAGAUACAGAGAAGAUGGGCAGUAUUAUAGGGCACUGAUCACGAAUGUUUGUGAAGAUUAUCUUGUGUCCGUCAGGCUGGUGGACUUUGGAAACAUUGAGGACUGUGUGGACCCCAAAGCACUCUGGAACCUUCCUUCUGAACUUCUGUUGAUUCCCAUGCAAGCCUUUCCCUGUUGCCUCUCAGGAUUUAAUAUUUCAGAAGGAGUGUGCCCUCCAGAGGGCAAUGACUAUUUUUUUGAAGUAGUAACAGAAGAUGUGUUGGAACUAACGAUAUUGGAGAUCAAAAAGGAUAUCUGUGAUAUUCCUUUAGCAAUUGUUGACUUGGAAAGCAAGGGAGAAAGUAUUACCAAGAAAAUGAGAAAAUAUUCUAAGAUGAACAUUACUAACACUGAUGUAGUCCGUGGGAAAGGUGGCUCAGAGAAGAAGGGAGUGCUUGGGUGUCCGAGUCUUCAUGCUGGGCUUAUGACAACGAGUAAUAAAACUGAACAGGAUAAGGUGCUCUACGUGGAACCACAGGUAAAUGAGACCACUGAAAAAAUUAAAAAAGAUUUAAAAAUGAUCGAAUCCAAAUCUUGUAAACUUUAUGACUGUGGAAUUAAUAUUUUUGAAGCUUUUGAAAGCCCAUGCAAAGAUAAAACUGGUACUGAUUUGUUGGAAGGUAAAGUAGAGUGCCAUUUGGUGGACCAAGUAACAUUUGAGAAAUGCCUGACUACAGGACAUAGCAAAUUACUACCAUGUGCUAGUGACACAAAGGGGAUUCUAGAACUGAAUUCACCUGAGGUCCCACUUGCUCCUCAUGGUGAAUCAAAAGAGUUCCUAGAUCUACAAGCUCCUGAGUUGCCACUUGAUUUAGUCGGAAAGGCAGAUAAAGAAGACCCUGGCCUGGGAUCACCAAUAGUGCCAGUUUCCCAAGGCUGUGAUACAGACGUCACCCUGGAACCACAUACACAUCAGCUUCUGCCCAACAAGGAAGCCAAGAAACAUCCAGAAUUGGAACUACCUACAACCCCGCUGUUUCUAGCUGAGGAAAUCAAUCCUUUGCCUUUAAAACUUAGUGGGAAUGUCCGAGAAUCUUUGUGUGCCGAGGACAACAGAAAGUCAAGUUGUGUGGAACGUUUCGAUGAGCCGCUCAGGACACCAUUGCAUCAGCAUGGAAAAAACAGCAAUUCCCAAUUGCAGUUUGAAGGGAAUAUAUUUAAAGAAGGACUGAUGGAAUAUAAAAACAGGAAUGUCAUGUCAUCAUUGACUCCUUUGUUCUCUGGAGAGGAAUCCAGAGAUGGAACAAAAUACAGUAAUGCUUUACCAGAUCAUGUUUUAGCUCAACCAGAGAACACCUAUGCGCUAAAAGGAUUUACUGUUGGAUCCAAAUGUGUUGUGUGGUCAAGUCUAAGAAACACAUGGUCUAAGUGUGAGAUUUUGGAACUAGCUGAAGAAGGCACAAAGGUUUUGAACCUUUCAAGUGGCAUGGAGGAGAUGGUGAAUCCUGAGAAUGUCUGGAAUGGCAUACCCAAUUUGGAUAAGAGUCCAUCUGAGAAACGGGUUCUGGAGAUGAUGUUCCUUAGCUGUGGAGCCAUAGAUGUGACCCGUCAGACAAGCUGCUCUUAA